AAUAUUUUAAUUUAAAAAAAGUAAAUAACGAAAGAUAAAUAUAUUCAAUUUAAUUAUUUGUGGUUUUUUAAGUAAAAGAUAAAUAUAAGAACAGAUAUUUAAAUAAUAGAUAUAUAAAGAACAAAUAUAUAAAGACCAGAUAAUCUAUAAAUUAAAAUUUUUGAUCAUUUUGGGUUCAUUGUAUUAUUGCUCGUGAUUGAAACAUUACUUGGUCUUUUCGUGCCGUAUCACCGAAAAAUAAACUAUACAAGUUAAUAAAAAUGCAAGCCAAAUUUUUAUUUAUUAUCUACAUCGGAAUUCUUUCGACUACUCUAAUAUGUGCCGCUGAUGCAAAUUGUGAUACAUCAUCAUGUCCAUCAACGCAACAAACGAGUUUUUUUAACGAUAAUGCGUGUUAUAUUGAUUCACAAGAACUUACAGCAGAUGAUAUAAAAAGAGUGCAAAAUAUAUGGGACUUAUUAUUCAGUAAUCCGUUGGAAACUGCUAUAGGAAUAAUAUCAAGGGCAAGUGAUAUUUAUCCAGAAUUUCGACAAUUUGUACUAGAUUUUUACAAUCUAGCAUCAGCAGAAGACAUACCAAAAGAUAAAAGGUGUCAAAGGCAAGCUUUGAGAGUCGUUAGUACAGUUAAUAUUUUUAUUAAAUCAAUUCCUUACGUCAACACAGUCGAAGAUUUUCUAUUCUAUGUUGGAAAACGUCAUCAAAAAUUAGGAGUGAGACAAAACGAUUUUAUAGCUUUCAGAAAAGCUCUUUUCUAUGUUAUGGGUCGAAAACUGGAUCAACUUGGUUAUCCAUUUAGCCAAGAAGAUGACAUCGCAUGGAAUAAAGCCUUAGACAUUUUGCUUAAGCCUAUGAUUAAAGGUUAUAAAAGUUAAAAAUAAUACCGAGUCAAACUCAUCUUGAUUUAUUAAAUUUACGUCUUGUGAGUCCAGGAAAUUUAAAAGUUGGUCGGAUAAUUAGUUUAGUUUAACAAAUAUUUUUAAGUGAUAGUGUGAGGAAUUGGAUGAUAGAAA